CAGUGUCAUUUUUUAGUUUACUUUGUUGAAAAAAAAAAAAACAUUUUGCGAUACUAUUUGUCAUUCGCGUUUAAAUUAGUUUUGAAGAAAAUUUUAAAAUCAUAUUAAGAAUCCCAUAAAAUGGCAUCAGAACGCUACAGUUUUUCUCUAACGACAUUUAGUCCAUCGGGAAAAUUGGUACAAUUGGAGUAUGCGUUAGCUGCUGUAUCGGCCGGUGCCCCUUCUGUGGGUAUUAUGGCUUCUAAUGGAGUUGUGAUUGCAACAGAAAACAAGCAUAAAUCAGUUUUGUAUGAAGAACACAGUGUUCAUCGUGUUGAAAUGAUAUCCGGUCACAUUGGUAUGGUGUAUUCCGGCAUGGGUCCAGACUAUCGCCUUUUAGUUAAGCAAGCUCGAAAACUUGCACAAAACUAUUAUCUUACAUACAAAGAACCAAUACCAGUGGCUCAAUUAGUUCAACGAGUAGCAACUCUAAUGCAGGAAUAUACCCAGAGUGGUGGUGUAAGACCUUUUGGAGUAUCUUUACUUAUUUGCGGUUGGGAUAACGACCGCCCAUAUUUGUUCCAGUGUGACCCCUCUGGUGCAUAUUUUGCCUGGAAAGCUACAGCAAUGGGUAAAAAUGCUGUAAAUGGCAAAACAUUCCUGGAGAAACGUUAUAGCGAAGAUUUGGAACUCGAUGAUGCCGUACACACAGCCAUUUUAACUCUAAAGGAGGGAUUUGAGGGCAAAAUGACAGCAGAUAAUAUAGAAGUUGGUAUUUGCGAUCGUAACGGUUUCAAGCGUUUGGAUCCAGCCACCGUUAAAGACUAUUUGGUCAAUAUCCCUUAGAUAUAAGACAGGACGAAACUACUGCUUAGAAAAGUAACAUAAUGAUAUGGAGCAGGACUUUAGAGAACAUAAACAACUUACAAAAUUAAAGAAAACAAACAUUUAAUUGUAUUUGAAACAUUACAAAUGUGGUUUAUGUGUGUUUUUUCAAAAAAUAUACAUUUUUUAUUUCAAA